ACUCCGUCGGAUAGUGUUCCCAGGAGUCAGGACGAGGCCGGAGGAGGGGGGGUGGCAAGAUGGCGGCCUACCUGUCUCACCAGCAAAUGGUGCUGCGGCUCUAUAAACGGGCUGUGCGGCACCUGGAGUCCUGGGUAGUGUUCAGAGACCAGUUCCGCUAUGAGGCCUGUCUCCUGAGAGCGCGCUUUGAGGAACAUAAGAAUGAAAAGGACAUGGUCAAGGCCAGGCUACUGCUGAAGGCCGGCGAGGAGGAGUUCUUCCUUCGCCAGCAUCCUCAGCCCUACAUCUUCCCAGACUCUCCGGGAGGGACGUCCUAUGAGAGAUACGAUUGCUACAAGGUCCCGGAGUGGAGCUUGGAACACUGGCACCCCUCGGAGAAAGCCAUGUACCCGGACUACUUUGCUAAAAGAGAAGAGUGGAAAAAGCUUCGGGAAGCGUCCUGGGACCGUGAGGUGCAGCAGAUGUUGGAAGAGACGCCACCUGAUGGUCCGAAGACUGAAGCUCUGCCCCCAGCCCGUCAGGGGGGAGACCUGCCCCCACUGUGGUGGUCUUUUGUGACGCGAGCACGCGAGAGGCCCGCAUAAGAGGGACAUGAUCACAAUGUAAUUCUAGCCAUACUUGUAUCUGAUAUAUCCAAUAUAUUAAAUGUCUGUGUACAAAA